AAAGAAGAGAGAGACUCGAUUCAAACUUCUCUCUCCUCGCUCGCUCGCGCGCUCGCGGAUCGGCAAAAUCUUCACCUUCGGGUUUCGCUUUUCUGCCCCAAUUGCUAGGGUUUUUCUCUCGAUCGGUUUCUUGCCGAUGAAGAAAGAGGCGGAGGCGGCCUCCGGCGGCGCCGAAAUCGGCUCGAGGGCCACGGGCGCGGGCGGAGCCGUCGGCCCGCGGCGGCUCAGGCCCGUGGAGAGGGGGCGGUUGACGGAGGCGGCGGCCUCCGACGGCGCCGGGAUCGGCUCGGAGAGGGAGGGCGCGGGCGGAGCCGUCGCGCCGGAGCAGCUCGGGGCCGUGAAGAGGGAGCGGCUGGGCAAGGCGGUGAGCUCCGACGGCGGCGCCGGGGUUGGCUCGAAGAGGAAGGGCGCGGGCGGAGGCGCCGCCCCGGAGCAGCUCAGAGCCGCGAAGAGGGAGCGGUCGAGCCGGAACCGCGAGGAGAAGGAGCCGUCGUCGCAGGCGACUGAGCAAGACGACUCUGAGCGCAGGGUCUUGCGCUCCCACUACCUCGCCGUCAAGAACCUCAUCAACGACGAAAGAGACGACUUGCUGAGGGCCGACUCGGAUAAGUUCGCUACCAUCAUCACUGAAGUGGAGAACUUGUACGAACUAGUACAGAAGCCGAGGGAGCAAGUGGCGGAUGCUGAGGCACUGUUAGGCAUUGCGAACACUCUUGUUAGCUCAGUGAAAUCAUACUCCAGUGAUGGCAUAACUCCAUCGGAUUUUGUGAAUUGCUUACUCAAGGAGUUCGGUCAGCCGAUGGGAGGUUUGGGAAUUGGUGAAAAUGAUCAGGUCCCUUUUAUCUGGAAGGAUUUAGGUGUACGUGUUUCACCUAUCUUUAGAAACUUCCAAGGCUGUUGUACCAUGCUUGGACCAAUGAAUACUCAGCUUAAGCAAAGGAAGGUUACUGUUCAUAGAAGGCAUACGAGGCCAACUGAAAAUUCUCGCCCUGAGGAGAUUGAUGAUGCUGGGGUUGAAAAGAAGACGGAUACUGACAAGAACAUGUCAACAAUGUUUGAGAUCUUGAGAAGGAAGAAGCGUGUUGGACUUGAUAGCUUGAUUUUGAACAGACAGUCUUUUGCACAGACUGUUGAGAAUCUGUUUGCUUUGUCUUUCCUAGUCAAAGAUGGGCGUGCUGAAGUUACUGUGGAUGAAAAGGGCUAUCACUUUGUUUCACCCAAAAAUGCUCCUGUUUCUAGUCUUGUUCUGUCCGGUGAAGUGGCUUACGGUCAUUUUGUAUUCAGAUUUGAUUACAGGGAUUGGAAGAUGAUGAUUAGCACGCUACCACAUGGAGAGGAGUUGAUGCCACAUCGUGAGCAGCAGACCUGCUCGGCUGCUUCUCAAGCAGAUUUAGUGUCAUGUAAUUCUCAAUCAGUAUUACCCACAACACCCAUUAGGAAACUGACUAGAAAUCGUGGUUUGGUCAUACAGGAAGAAUCGGUGGUUGAAGACUCUCCUGUAGUUGAUGACGACACUUCAUCAAGAGCUAAUGCCAUCCGAAAAUGUAAACGGAAACUUCAUUGAGGGGGCUUCUAUGAAAUAAUGGCUCAUGUCAAGACUCCUUCAGUGUUUGCUGCUAUAGUUUCUAUCAUUUAUAAAUGUAUAUAUACGUAGAUGGUCUAGGUUUUCCUAACUUAGUGUGUAGUUCAAAGUGCAUACCUCUAUUCCUUUGGGAAGUUUUGUUAUUCACCGAGGCCUUUCAACUGUUGUGUAUAUUUUAGGUUUUUGAAUCAUGUGAGGAUGCACUUUGUUGUAUUUGGUCAUUCUUCAAUCAGAAGAAUUGGUUAUGAGAAUUAUUGUAUCAAAUGUCAGGAACAAGCCAUCCGAGUGAAUCUAUAUUUUAGUUGCUGACUUGCCGUGGCCUUUGUGCUAGUGGGUUUACACUUAAA